AUGCUUACAAACAAAGAAAUUGAAGAUAUUCAAAAAGAACUAGAGAGUUAUAAUAGCAUUAUUUUGGAGUACAAAAAUAAUUUAGUAAAAUCCUUAAAUUUACUAAAAAGAUUUAAAGAUAAAUUUAAGAAAUAG